GAGCGAAGGGUCCCAGAGCCCUGGAGGUGGAGCCUCGGUAUUUUUGUGCACCGGAUCGCCACUGCAGGAGCCUCUUUUCUCUGUCAUUUCAGUGACCAGGCUUCUCAGCAGGACCGAACCCCCCUGAGGUGUCACCACAACAUCUCGGGAUCUUCCCAUUGACACCUAGGAGCUUCAAAGAAACCGGCAGCUUUUGACCAAAGAAAGGGGGAUUUUUUUUUUUUUUUCUUGUCUUUCCCCAAAUGGAUCAACAGCAAUACCACCCAGACAAACUGGAGGUGACCGCCGCUGUGGAGGAUGAGGCGGGCACCCCGAUCAGCGCCCUCACCAUCCUCUCCCUCCUGGAAAGGGUGGCUGGGAUUAUCGACAACGUCCAGGCCUGCCAACAACGCAUGGAGGAGCGUCAACUGGAGCUGGAGAACGCCGUCAAAACCCUCCAGAUCGACAUCCUCAAACUGGCCAAGGAUCACUCCAUGACGGGCAACACGGUGCAAAAGCUGCUGGAGAAAACCCGCAAGGUCAGCUCCAAUGUCAAGGAUGUGCGCCAGCGGGUGGAGAAGCAAAAUGUGCGGGUCAAGAAAGUGGAGACAACCCAGGAGGAGCUGCUGACUAGGAACAAGUUCAGAGUGGUCAUCUACCAGGGUGAAACUGAAAUCCCUUCAGUGGCCGUCACAAAAACACCUAAAUCAACUGGAUUGGGGGAUGCCAUUGAGCCUGAUACCUAUGAUCCUCCUCCAGAUUUGUCCUCCGAUGAGGAGUAUAUGGUGGUGGAGGAGGCAGACUCCUCCAGAGCUGCCCGGCUAAAAAAAUCGGGCAUGAAGCGGAUUGACAGCAUCAAGAAGGCCUUCACAAAAGAGAACAUGGUCAAGACUAAGCAGAAUCUUGGCGACAAAGUGACCCGAAUCAGCACGCGCAUUGUGACGCCGGAACGGAGGGAAAAGAUACGGCAGUCUGGGGAAAGGAUAAAGCAGUCCGGGGAGAGGUUCAAGGAGUCCAUCUCUAAAGCAGCUCCAACAAAAGAGUCCUUCAAGUUCACAGUCAAGAAGGAGAAGGAGAGAACUGUGGCAGAAGGGCAGGAGGGAAUCCAAGGCGCAGUCGCAGAGAAAAAUGCCGGCGAGGAAGGUGCCUCUGCUCAGCCGCCCAAGGCCUCUAGGAAGGCGAGCCCACAGGUCACAUACACAGAAGUGGUCACUGAGGUAAAGCAGGGAGGCGGUGCCACCGACGUGUCAGUGUCUCACCAGGAAGACGGCAAACUGGUCUACUCCGAUUCAAUACUGGAGGAAGGAAAGGGGGAACAAGCGGAAGCAGCGGUGAUGGAUAUGAAGCAGACCUCGUAAAUAUUCUUGAACCAAACAGCAUGAAUGAAAUGUGCGAGUUACAAAAACAUGGAUGUACGACUUGAUCAUUAGGUUUGAUUUUUUUUUUUUAAAUCCUUUUGGACAUUUGGAGGCAUUAUGAAAUGUUUCGUAAGUCAAAAGCAAAAAUUAUAAUUAAUGAUAGAUAUUCCUGUGGUUUCAAAGGGGGAAUCCUUGAGAGGUUUCUAAAGAUUUGGAGGUCUUCCAGUUCUUGAUGGGCAAUGCAAGUGCAGCAGUGUGUUCAGUUCACUGUCACCUCAAUGACAGUAUUUUACUUUUUAUUCAAAAAAUAAUAAAUAAAUAAACUCCAAUUGUUCUUUAGAACUGCAAGUCAAUCUUUCACAGUUUAAAUCUCAGAUUUCUCGGCUACAUAAUUUCCUUUUGUAUCCAAAUACAAGUCCCAUAAGCCAGAUAUGUGUAUGGCUUCAAAUCCGAAUCCACCUGCUGUGUAGCUGGGAGCUCCUGAAGUGUGUAUGGCAGGGGGACUGCGGUUUAUCAAGUGUGUUUAAUGGUGAACCUGAAUGAAGUGAGAAUAAGAAAUAAAGAAAUGAGCAACAGAAGAUAACUGAAAAGG